CAAUCUGCGUGUGAAUUUCAUAUGUUGCUCAGUUCAAUUCAUCAUCACUCGCCCUGGCCAAGGAGCCAAAGUACCAACCUUACUCAGAGAAAUAAUCAUAUCUUCUGAAAUGACGAAACUUGGACACUUGUUUUCUCUGAGAAGAUCACGAAAUUUAGAGUGAACUUGGUUCAUAAUUAUUAUCUUGCACUUUGAGAACUUGAGGCUUUACAUUUUUAUCGUGAGUAAGCAAAUAAGAGCUGCAACGUACGCCGAUGCUGUCAGGGCCAGCAAUGCUAAGCAUAUUCUGAAAAUAAUCGUCUCGUUUAUCACAAUGUCUGAUACUACCAGUCAAUCCUCAUCAGAGUUUGGCUUGGACAGCCAAGGCAGAGUGAUUAGAGUUGACCCCGAUCAAAGUCAGCCGAUACUAAGACUUCCCAGUGUUGAGGAAACUUUACAAAGACUUGGAAAUACUUUUAAUUCUGGUCAAUCGACAGCGGAACAUUAUAGCGAAACAUCAGAUUCACUAUGGAGAGGAUCAUCUCCCGAAGAUGAUACAUCUAGAAACACAUUACCAAAUCUCACAGACACUGAACUAUCUGUAGAUGUUGCCGACGGAUCAUCAACCCCUAAUGAAACAUCAGAAACUGCAACAGCAUUAACUUCAGAAGAAGAUAGAAAGUAUUGUUGGGUUUGCUUUGCAACCGAUGAAGAUGACGCCACUGCAUCAUGGGUCAAGCCGUGUCAUUGUAGAGGAACAACAAAAUGGGUCCAUCAAGGCUGUAUACAACGCUGGGUUGAUGUCAAGCAGAAAGGAAGAGCAGGCGAAGACGUUUCAUGUCCGCAAUGCAACACAGAGUAUAUCAUCAUAUAUCCAGACAUGGGUCCUUUGGUUGUUAUGUUGGAUACAAUGGAUAGCGUGAUAUUCCGCGUUUGUCCAUUUAUAGCAGCUGGUAUAGUUGUCGGCUCAAUUUACUGGACUGCUGUUACUUACGGUGCUGUUACUGUGAUGCAAGUGGUUGGUCAUAAAGAUGGAUUAACUAUGAUGGAGCAGGCAGAUCCCCUUGUCUUGCUGGUCGGCUUGCCUACAAUACCAAUUAUGCUGGUUCUUGGAAAAAUGCUCAGGUGGGAAGAUCAGGCUUUGAGUUUAUUGAGAAGACACGCUUCCAAAGUGCCAAUCCUCAGACACUUUUUGCCAAGCAGCUACAUUGAGGAUGAAAGACUGCAAUCAUCCGACGUCCCACCAAUGAGUGAUCCAGUAUCUGCAACUAGAGUAUUGUGUGGUGCACUUCUGCUUCCUACGAUUGCUAGUAUUUGCGGCAAAAUCUUUUUUGAAAGCGUAAAUUCUAAUUUCCAGAGAACCUUGUUGGGCGGAAUGGCGUUUAUAACAAUCAAAGGCGCGUUUAAAAUAUACCAUAAACAACAGCAGUACGUUCGCCAAUGUCAGAGACGAAUUAUGGAUUACACGGACAGCAAUAUUGCAUUAUAUCGAAGACAUCAAAAUGGCGAAAGUACGAUCAGCUAAACUUUGACAAUGAGCGAAGCCGUUCGAUAUACAAUAAC